GUUUAACCAAAUUUAUCUUAUAUCAGUCACCUAGGGUAGCGCUUCCUCCUUAGUGUGACAUAUUUACUUAUUACUCACCUCAUUAUCUUCAGUUUGUUGAAAGUGAUGUGGAUGAAGAACUUUUGUUUAAUAUUCCAUUUACUGGGAUAGUAAAACUUAAGGGCAUAAUUGUUGUUGGAGGUGAAGAAGACACUCAUCCAUCAAAAAUGAAACUGUUUAAGAACAGGCCUAAUUUGAAUUUUGAUGAUGUGAAUUGUGAAGCGGAUGAAGAAUUUGAAAUGCAGCCAGACUUGACUGGAACAUUGGAAUAUCCUGUCAAGGUUGUGAAAUUUCCAAAUGUUCAUCACCUUGCUGUUUACUUUCCUAAAAACUUUGGAGCGGAAUCAACUAAAGUUUAUUACAUUGGCUUGAAAGGUGAAUUUCAGAAGAUGCCACGUCAGGAAAUCACUCUUUGUAAUUAUGAGCUGGCUCCAAAUCCGUGUGAUCAUAAGACCAAGGCUUUUAAUCCAGUUCCGCAUGAAAUUCGUUAAAUUUCUUUUGCUUUAGCUUAUCACUUAUCCUACUCUGAAGAACUGUAAUUGUUUUUGUAAUGAUUGGCAUAUUAUGCAAUUUAUAUCUUUUGUAUCUUCUCUAUUCACUAUCCGUAUAAUCUAUCCAUAAAUUACUGUGAAUUAUUGUAUUCUUGAGUAUGUUAUCUUGCUAAAGAAUAUUAAAGUCUUGCUUAUGAAAAAGAA